AAAAAAAAAAAGAAGAAGAGGGGAGGGAGAGAGGAGCGGCCUGCAACUCAGGCAGGCGCUGCUGCUCCUCUUCGAAUCACCCAGAUUUGGGAUUCCCCCUCGCCGAUCUCGCGGGCGGGGCAUCGCGGGAUGGACGCGGCCGCGGCCGCGGCGCGGGCGGCGCGGCCCACGAGCCCGUCGCGACCGCCCAAGGCGAUCCGCAGCACCAAGCCGCGGGGGCUCGACGAGGAGACGGCCGCGCCAGCCGCCGCCACGUUCCCCUCCAUCAAGGCACCCUCGGCCGCCGCCGCGUCGCUCCUCCACGCCGACGUUCCGAUGGAGCCCAGCGUCUGGGCCGCGCUCCCCGACGACCUCCUCCUCGAGGUGCUCGCCCGCGUCCCGCCCUUCCUGCUCUUCCGCCUCCGCCCCGUCUCCCGCCGCUGGGACUCCAUCCUCCACGACCCCGCCUUCCUCGCCGCGCACGCCGGGGUCCCCUCCCAUGGCCCCUGCCUUCUCACCUUCUGGAGGGGCGCCGCGCACUCACCGCCGCAGUGCAGCGUGCUCAGCUUGCCCCUCCGCGCCCGCUACAAGCUCCCGUUUGGGUUUCUCCCCGCCUGGGACCUCUGGCUUGUCGGCUCAUCGGGGGGCCUCGUCUGCUUCUCCGGCUUCGACGGCGCCGGAUUCCGCACUGUUGUCUGCAACCCGCUCACGCAGACCUGGCGGGUGCUGCCGGACAUGCAUUACAAUCAGCAGCGGCAGCUGGUGCUCGCCGCGGAUAAGAAGCGCCGGUCGUUUAAAGUAAUCGCCGCGAGUGAUGUCUAUGGGGACAAGACGCUCCCCACUGAGGUCUAUGACUCCAAAGAGGAUAAAUGGUCAGUGCACCAGAUGAUGCCUGCGGCGAACCUGUGCUCGUCGAAGAUGGCGUUCUGUGACUCCAGGCUGUAUUUGGAGACGCUCUCGCCACUGGGGCUGAUGAUGUAUAGAGUGGAUGCGGGCAAUUGGGAGCAUAUACCAGCCAAAUUCCCACGGUCGCUGCUGGAUGGAUAUCUAGUGGCAGGAGCUCGAACGCGGUUGUUCUUGGUGGGGAGGAUUGGAUUAUACAGCACGCUUCAGAGUAUGAGGAUCUGGGAGCUUGAUCAUGGUAGGACAGUCUGGGUAGAGAUAAGCAGGAUGCCGCCCAAGUACUUCAGGGCUUUGCUUAGGUUGUCUGCUGAAAGGUUUGAGUGCUUUGGGCAGGACAACUUGAUCUGUUUCACAUCGUGGAACCAAGGGAAAGGUCUUCUAUACGAUGUGGAUAAGAAGGCUUGGUCGUGGAUUGCUGGGUGUGCAAGUCAACUGUGCAAUAGCCAGAUUUGCUUUUAUGAGCCAAGAUUUGACGCAUGGAUCUAUUGACAGUGGUAGAGAUGAGUUUCGAAGACUCAAGCUCAAAUGCUUCUGGGUUCAUUAUCUGAAUCCAGUAUAUUUUUUCUAUUGGAGCACGGCUACAAACUGUAUCAAGUGCCAGGAUCAACAGUCUUUUCUUCCUUGAGACUGUACUUCAAAACAUUUUAACAAAGAGUUGAGUAGCCAAUAUUGUCAAAUCAUGCCACUAGAGAUCCAUCAAUCCGUCAUUACCUGAGAAGUUAUGUUGUUUGACAAUGCUGGAUGAGGCUAUAUGUAAGGGAGUAUCAUCAGAAAUGGAGGUCCGCUUGUUGCCAUUCCCAUUUUGUUAGCAAGUCCCUGAAUUGUAAAAUAUUCCAUUUCAUCUCUUAAAUGAAAAUCAUUAGCAUCUUGUUUGAGAAGGAAUGAAUGAGUAUCUUCACUUGAUUCAUGCAGUUCUACUUGAAAUAUAGCACAAUUUCAGUUUGU